GAGGCGGCGAGGCGGAAGCGGGCGGUGCUCAGGCUGGCUGGGACAUGUCAGCCGCUUGACUGUGGACUGGUUUUCCUUUCCCGGGAGCCGGCAGGCCUUCUGGUGACCGCCACGGCUGUCGCCUCCGAGCGUGGGUCCCAGACCCUGGACGGCUGUGGCAGACGCCGAGUUUCCCGGUCCCUUCCAGACGCUGUCUGGCGAGAUCGGACGUUUACAGAUAUGGUCCAGACCUGUACAUAAAUAACUUUGGUUAGCGUGAACAUUCAAUAAUGAGCGGUGCAGCUUUGGGACUUGAGAUUGUUUUUGUCUUUUUUCUGGCAUUAUUUCUACUUCAUCGAUAUGGAGACUUUAAGAAACAGCAUAGACUUGUAAUUGUUGGAACGCUACUUGCUUGGUAUCUCUGCUUUCUUAUUGUCUUCAUACUGCCUCUGGAUGUUAGUACGACAAUAUACAACCGGUGCAAGCAUGCUGCUGCAAAUUCAAGCCCUCCUGAAAGUAGCAACGUUACAGGAUUGUAUGCAACUGCUAACCCCAUGUCAAGCCAACAUCCAUGUUUCAAGCCAUGGAGUUACAUUCCUGAUGGAAUCAUGCCAAUUUUCUGGAGGGUAGUAUAUUGGACAUCACAAUUUUUAACAUGGAUUCUCUUACCAUUUAUGCAGUCAUAUGCAAGAUCAGGAGGGUUUUCUAUCACUGGAAAGAUCAAAACUGCACUGAUUGAGAAUGCAAUCUAUUAUGGCACCUAUUUGCUGAUUUUUGGAGCAUUUUUAAUUUAUGUAGCUGUAAACCCACAUUUGCAUUUAGAAUGGAAUCAGCUUCAGACAAUUGGGAUAGCUGCUGCAAAUACAUGGGGCCUGUUUCUUCUUGUGUUGUUAUUGGGGUAUGGCUUGGUGGAAAUUCCUCGGUCAUACUGGAAUGGAGCAAAAAGGGGUUAUCUACUUAUGAAAACUUAUUUUAAGGCAGCCAAACUGAUGACAGAGAAAGCAGAUGCAGAAGAAAAUUUAGAAGAUGUCAUGGAGGAAGUUCGUAAAGUGAAUGAAAGUAUCAAGUAUAAUCAUCCAUUGAGAAAAUGUGUUGAUACAAUACUUAAAAAGUGCCCUACAGAGUAUCAGGAAAAAAUGGGUAGGAACAUGGAUGAUUAUGAAGAUUUUGAUGAAAAGCAUAAUACCUACCCAAGUGAAAAAAGUCUGGUAAAACUGCAUAAACAGGUGAUUUAUUCAGUUCAGAGGCACCGUCGAACUCAAGUACAAUGGCAGAUUCUUUUGGAGCAAGCAUUUUAUCUAGAAGAUGUAGCAAAAAAUGAAACUAGUGCUACUCAUCAGUUUGUUCAUACCUUUCAAUCACCGGAGCCAGAAAAUCGAUUUAUCCAAUAUUUUUAUAACCCUACAUUUGAGUGGUACUGGGAAUGUCUUUUGCGACCUUGGUUUUAUAGGAUCCUUGCUGUGGUUCUGUCCAUCUUCUCUGUGAUUGUUGUGUGGUCAGAGUGCACAUUCUUUAGCACUACUCCUGUCUUAUCCCUCUUUGCAGUCUUCAUACAGCUGGCAGAAAAAACAUACAAUUAUAUUUAUAUUGAGAUUGCUUGCUUUCUUUCCAUAUUCUUCCUAAGUAUCUGUGUUUAUUCUACUGUGUUCAGGAUUCGUGUAUUUAACUAUUAUUACUUGGCUUCACAUCAUCAAACUGAUGCUUAUAGCCUUCUUUUCAGUGGCAUGUUAUUUUGCCGUUUGACUCCUCCGUUAUGUCUUAACUUCUUGGGUUUGACCCAUAUGGAUUCGUCUAUCUCUCACCAGAAUACUCAGCCAACUGCUUACACGUCUAUUAUGGGUUCCAUGAAAGUUUUAUCCUUUAUUGCAGAUGGAUUCUACAUAUAUUAUCCUAUGUUGGUGGUCAUUCUCUGCAUAGCUACUUAUUUUAGUUUGGGAACCCGUUGUUUGAAUCUGCUUGGUUUCCAGCAGUUUAUGGGUGAUAAUGAUAUGACAUCAGACUUAGUUGAUGAAGGAAAAGAAUUAAUCAGACGAGAAAAGAGAAAAAGGCAAAGGCAAGAAGAAGGUGAAAAUCGAAGAAGAGAAUGGAAAGAACGUUAUGGACACAAUAGAGAAGAUUCCACUAGGAACAGAAAUGUUCAUACUGACCCAAAAGAGUUAAACUUCUCAGAUAUUAAUACCAACCGAUCAACAUCCAAAUAUACCAGGACUAAUAACAGGACUGAAAGGGACCGAAUAGAACUUCUCCAAGAUGCAGAACCUUUGGAUUUUAAUGCAGAAACAUUUACUGAUGAUCCUCUUGAACCUGAAUCAAGAAGGUAUCAGCCUGGUGGACGAUAUCACUCAAUGUCUUACGCUGGAAUAUUUGAUGAUGUAUAAUGCCUGAAAAAAUUUAUGGAACAGCUAACCAAUGUCAACACAUCAGUUCAGCCUCUGUGAACGUUCUGUGUACUCUAGGAUUUUCUUUUUACUCUCAGUGAAAAAUAUCAGGAUAACAAAAAGGCACUGAGAACUAAUUAUAUCUUAUUGAUAAUAGUUUAUUGCUCAUUGAAUAGAAUAUUGUCUUUUCUAACAAGAUUUAUUACAUACCAUUCCUUAAGCAUCUGCCUUAGAAGUACAGUUACAGUGGAAGGAUUUAAUUCAUGGUAAGGAUAAGAAUUUGUUGACAAUGUGUAGUGUAGUUUCUUUCAGAUUGAUUUUUUUUCAAGAGAGUUAUUUUAAAGGUUCAAGGAAGCCAUAAAUCAUACUAAAUAAUAUUAUAUAGUUUUAUUAUUGUGAUUUACAUUUUUGUUAUUAAAAAAAUGUUUAACCUGUAUUUCCCAAAGAAAUGUAAGUGAAUGGAGACCUCAAAUAAUAACCAUAUUCAUAAGAUCCAUGUCUUAAAACAAGGCUUACUUACCAGACAUACCUGAAUGUAAAAAGUGCUUUUUUAAAUCUGUUUGCAAAUUAGUGGGGGUUUUGCAUGUAUAAUUAAGAUUAUACUUCAACUGAUAAGUGUUAAUGUCGUUAGCAUGUAUACUAUAAUCAGAUGAUAUAUUAUUCUUUCAGUCUCUGUAGUAACUGGAUUUGUUUAUGUAUUCGGUAUUGCUUUGUAAAAGAUUUUCAUUUCAGAAAGCAAUGAUCAUUUUUAUAAUUUAGCAUAUUAAGUGUUGAUCAUGUCAUUCAAGGAGAAAUCUUAAGCAUUAAUGGUAAAUAGUUUUAUUUUUUUUUGUAGCCAAAGAGUUCCACAAAAUUCUGUAAUAUUUAAAGGUACCUAGUUAUAUUUUUUGAUAAAAAAUGUGGUUAUUCAAAGGUAAAAAGUGAGUCCAUUUGCUGUUAUUCUGACACUUAAAAUGUGGUUUAUAGAAAACAGAAAAUGAUAUUAGAAUGGAAAUGUGUAGUAAUAACUUGGUUAAACAUGCUUAUUAUUUUAAAUUAUUUUGACCUUUGUGUUUAAGUCAAAGUUAGGUAUUAAUUUUAAAGCACCAGUGAACAUGGUUGAGUGUAACAUGCUUGUGGAGAGUUUUUUAUGUCUGUGAAAUAUUUGCAGCUCUUAGACAAUUCAUGCUACAUUGGGUGACCAUACUUGAGAUUUCCCAGUAUAGGCUCAGUUUAACAUCUGUUGUCUUUUUGUAAUCAUUACUAGCAUUCACUUUCACUCUCAAGUAUCCCAGUUUGAAGAUGAAUAAUAUAGUCACCCUAACAAUAUGAUUAUAUGUUUCUUGAAGGCAAUCUUUCUCUGAGUCAUAAAUUUAAAAUUUUUAUUUUCUUCUUGAAUGAGUGUCAUCAUGUAAAUUUUGAAAAGACACAGUUGUUUGUGGGUACUGAAAGGAAUAGUGCACCAUCCUAAUUAUCUGAUUUUUUUGAUCUUUGGAGUUUUUAUGAUCUUUGAGAUUAGAUUCCCUUUAAAAUUAUUAUCAAUGAAUAGAUUUACUCUCAGUUGAAGGUUAUAUUAACUGCUUAUUUGAGGGAAUACACACAUAGCUUUUUAUUGUGAAGUGUGGUCAAAGAGCAAUAGAAUAGGCCAAGAGCAGAGAUAAUGUAGCUGUUUGCAAUUUCAUCAUUGAAUCAUUGAGUACCUUGGGCAAACCAUAACCUUCCAGUGCCUCAGUUUCUUCAUUUGCAGAAUGAAGGUGAUAUUUGUUAUUUACCUACUGAUCUACCUCACAAAGCUAUUGUGAGGGAGUUGAAUUGAUGUUAUGUAUUAGAGUUUCAAAAGACAAACCAAGUUGUUAGCUGUGCUGUUUUUCAUAGUGGUACUUGAAGGUAUUGGAUUGGGAAAACGAUCUUCCCAGAAAAGGGUCCCUCCCAUUUCUUGUUAUUACGGCAACACUUAGAAGUCCCCAAAGCGUAAACUCUUUAUGGACUAAUUCAUUAAACGUCCUGUGAAAAUAGUGUUAUUUUAUUUAGUCUUUGGGUUUACUUUGGAAUAUUUUCUUAAGUAUGAUGUUUCUCAUAAGAUUUUGUCAUGAAACUCAGAUGUUGUUGUUGAAAUAGAAGCAGACACAGGGAAUAAAUUAUCCAGUUACUUUUAUAACUAUCUUUUAUUAAUGCCCUAAAAUAAAUUGAUAGGAAUAUGUAUGGGAAUGUUACCACUUUCCUUUAUUAUUAAAUUUUUAUGGUUGUAAUAAUUAAAAUAUAUAUAUACAUAUAUAUGUAUAUUUCACAAACACUAUAGAUCCCUUUAUGACUUUUGAGUUACUUUUAAAAUAAUAUUUGGGUGUUUCAGUGAUUCAUAGUAAUUUUUCAAGCAGAACUUGUCUUAUAAUAAGAUUUUAUGUAUAAUCAUAUAGGAAGGUUAUUUUGCUGGGUAAAUUUGAGUUCAGAAGGCAAUGAUUUAACGAUUGAAGACUGAGUUCAUUGCUGGAGAACUAAGUUCCUAUUUGUUAAGCCACCGUGUGUGAAAAACUCUAGGAGGUACAAGAAAUUUUUGUUUUGAGAAGCUUAUUAAAAUGUAAUGACAUCUGCAAAAUAUUACUAGUAAAUUCAUAUACUUUACAUGCAAAGUACAUUUCUUAAAUAAUUAUUAAUAGCAAUGUUUAAUGUUUUCGUUACAUGAUAAUAUCUGAGUCAAAUUUUCUAAAUUAUUUUUAAAAUAGUUGUUGUUAGGUAAGUAUAUUCAGUAAGCCAAUAAUUUAAAAUAACUAUUGCAGAAAAUAACAAUAAUCUAUUAAUUUCAUGAGUUACCUCUAAGUUACUAAUUAACUUUUUUUACUAUUUAAAUAACAUUAACAAUAGAACAUUUUUGUAAAAAACAUAAGAAAUGAAGUAUGACUUUAAUUAUUAAACUUUACUCUUACCAAAUGAAUACAAGGGCUUUAGAAUAAUUUCAUCACACAAGAGGCUCUCAUUUCACAACAAUGGUAAGACCUAAAUCAAAAAAUUCAAGUGUUUUGCCUUUAUAAAGAAUAGAUCAGAGAAUUUAGCAAUCCAACUUUGAAAAAGAAAUGCUGCCAGUUGGUUGUUUUGGACUAUAUUAUUUGAUUAUAUUAUCAGUUUUGGAAAUUUAAGCUGAAUGUGUACCCAAAUUAAAUAUAGAUAGGAAAGUCAACAUGUAUAGUUUUUUUAGAGUGUAUUUAGCAUAUUAAUGAAGGAAUUUAAUUUAUGUUCAUUAACAAACCUCAUUUUAUAGAGCUUUAAUAGGUUUAGGGAAUGUUUUUGAUAGUGUACUGAUUAUUGUAUAAAGAGAAAAAUAAGCUCUCCAAUUCACACUGUUCAGAAAGGUGAGUUUUAUACCUGUGAUUUGAAUGGACCAUGCCUAAAAAAUCACAAGAAUAAGUAUAUUUGCACUAAGAGACAAAACCUGUCCUUGAAAAAUCUUAACAUACUUGAAUCUCUAAAGUAUAAUGGAUUGUAUUAAGAAGUAAAUGGAUUUAAGGUUUUUUCUUUUCUUCCUUCCUUCCUCCUUUUACACCUUUUUUCUUUUCUGAGACAUCUCUUUAUAAUAUGAUUUUUAAUGUGCUGACAGAUUUUUCUUUUGUUUUGUCUGCACAGUUGUUUUUGAUGAGCAGUAUACUCAAAGUGAACUAGUUCCAGCUACAAAUCCCACUACUUGAAAUGGCAGUAUUGUACCUAAAGUAGUCAAACAGAUUGUGCUAAACAACUAAGCAACAUCUGAAUGGAAAUGUGAAGCAUGCUGAGUCAGUAUAUAUUGUCUUUAGGUCACUAAGAAGGGCAUUUGAAUAAAAUGAAUCAUUUUUCAGUG